AUGUUCGACUCCAACUUCACCUUCGAUGCUACGCCGCGGUCUCCCUCUCUGGACUCGACCAGCAAUACCAUAUCGACCAGAGCGACUUCUCGAUCAGUCUCGCCCUGCUCGCCGACAACGGCGUUUCCUCCACCUCGCUUCUCCGUGACGGAUCUGGCUGCUUCCUUUGCUACUUCACGAUUACGGACGGAUGCCGAAAUAUGCUACGACUCAUGCGAUGCAUACGCGAACACAGACGAUGAUGCUGGAUGGGCCAUUCCAGUGGACGAGGACGAAGAGUAUCCUGAGAUUUCCCACUCAAGGACGCUUCUUCAGAGAUCGCACUCGCCUUCAAGACGCCUGCAACGGCAGGCACAAACACGAAUGCUAUGCAACAUGAGCCAUGCGAAGGACAUCUCAGCACUAGUAUCGCGCAUGGUGGACGACAAAGACCAAUGUACAAUACGGUCAGGGUCAGUCUCGCCCACGACAGAGGACGACGAAGGCUACACCAGCAGCGGAGACCCACUUGCAGCCUCGGAAUCGCGGCGAUCAAGCAUGGCAACCACAAAAGCACGUCUAGAACACAGCUACCGGAGAUCAUCAGACAUGAAGACUAUGGGUGCAUACGUGAGCAAAGCAACACGGUUCAGGAAAGACAAGAAACACAAGCGAGUGCGAAGUGCAGAGAGGGAAUAA